GUCAUCACGAGGUUUAAUGACACAAAGGAAUGUUCAUUAAAUAAUAAACAUUAUUGUGCACUGGGGGUGAAAAUCUUGUGAAAUCUGAUUUCCAACUAACAGCAUGGACUCAAUAAACACACACACUUGUUCCUUGGAAGUGUGGUGUAAGGUCCAGGACCACCCUCUUUAUCUGGUAUAAAUACGAGAGCAUGAAGCUUCUGUCUCAUCCACAAACUUGCAUCCUUCACAAGACGUCUUUUAAAGAAGACAUUUCUUGCCACCUGCUUCAUCAGUUCCUUGCUCAAGAUGAACAGCAUGUCAAACCUGGCACCUGUUGUUGAAGUUGGAGGUCAGGGAGGAGAUGCUUUCGAUUUCAAUGGCACUGGAAAUGGAAGCAUGAUAAAAACGAUCCAGGUUUGGGAAGGUGACUACAAAAUAAAAGCCAUGAAGGUGUGGCUUACUGAUGGCCGGUCCGAGCAGUUUGGUGAUCCUGCUGGGAAUCUGAAAGAGUUUACAUUUGAAGAUGGAGAGCAUUUCACCUCCCUUUCACUUUGGCCAAAUAAAGAUGAUACACGUCUGGGUGCAAUCAAAUUCAAGACAAGUCAGUCCCGAGAAUUCUAUGCAAAAUUGACAACUCAUAGACUUAAACCAGAAGUUUCAGUUGAUGUUGCUUCUGGGAUCUGCAUCGGAAUCAAAGGACGUUCAGGGUCUGAUAUUGAUCGCUUAGGCUUCAUGUUCAUCAACACCAUCAAGUCUGCUCAGCUUAUCAAUGUUGUGUAUCCCACCAUUUCUGAUGUGAUACCCAAAGUGGCUGUUGGAGAAAUUAAAUCCAUGACCUUCCAGAACAAGACUUCUGUACUUCAAGAAUACAAAAUUGAGACCUCCAAAAAAAUCAUCCAAAAAUCCUCCUGGUCUGUUAAGGGAAAAGAGGCAUUCAGCCUAGAAGUAAAUGCAGGAAUUCCAUUUCUUGUGGGGGGGGAAUCAAGAUAUCAAUUAACCAUUGGUGUUGAAGGUGCAUAUGCUUCAGACUUCAAUACAGAGAAAAUGAUGCUCUUCUCAUUUCCUGUUAAAGUUCCUCCAGGUAAAACCGUGGAUGUGGACAUCACACUUGGCCAGGCUACAGUUGAUCUCCCAUUCACUGGCAUCAUGAAGAUUACCUGCCAUAAUGGCGGUGUGCUGGAGUAUAAUACCAGUGGAACCUACAAGGGUGUCACUUACUCUGAUGGAAAAGUGGUUGUGAAAGAAUCAAACAAAAUGAUUGGUGCAGCCUAAUAAGCUUUUAAUUCAAUUCAAAUGACCUAUAUGAUCCUGCAUCUUCAUGUUUAUCCUGCAUUUAGUGGAAUGGGUGAUUUUUUUCCUAAUCUGUAAAUCAAUAAAAAAUGUGAUUUGAAUUAUUCUGCUGGUCUUCCAAUGGUGCAAAGCCACAUUAAUAAAAUAAAUCUUUACAAAACAUUUGCAGUAAUAAAUAAAACAUCUACUUUCAUGUUUUUUAUAGAUUUACUUUGACUGUAGCUUUGUGUGAUAUCUGGACUUGAUUAUUUUCCUUUCACAUAUUCAGAAGAUUAUAAUCUGUUAUGAUUUCCAUCAAUAAAAUCAGUUUCAAUUGAAA